UUUACUACACCCUUCUCACCGCCAAAUGCCAUUCGCAUUUGUACUUGUUAUUUUCUUUCCCUUUUUCGUUAAGCUGAUCAACCGAAUUCACUCAGCAAAUGGAUGGUCCUCGGGCGGUUCCAGAAAACGGUAACUCCAAUCGGAGCAGCUCAAGCGUGAUUGACAUUUACCCACUUAGCUGCUACUACUUCGGCUCCAAAGGUUCGAUCUGCCCGAAGAACGAGACCAUUGCCGAUCGUGUUCUGCGAAUGAAAGCCGAUUAUGAUGCACAUGGGAUGAGGAACUGCGUGGCUGCUGUGAUUGCGGUAGAACUAUUCAAACACCCCCAUCUCUUGUUGCUGCAAGAGCAGAACUCAAUCUAUAAACUCCCGGGUGGCCGCUCUCGACCAGGAGAAUCAGAUAUUGAGUGCUUAAAACGCAAGCUCUCGAGCAAGCUAUCUGUUGGUGAACAUGGUCGUGGACCUGAGUGGGAGGUCGGAGAAUGUCUUGGAAUGUGGUGGAAACCCGACUUUGAAAGUGUACUCUACCCUUACCGCCCACCGAACAUGAAGAGGCCUAAAGAGUGUACGAAGAUCUUUCUUGUCAAGCUGCCCCCUAGUAGAAGAUUUAUUGUGCCCAAGAACUUCAGACUUCUUGCUAUUCCCUUGAGCCAACUGUAUGACAAUGAGGAGACAUAUGGUCAGAUAUUAUCUGGGAUUCCCCACUUGCUGUCCAAAUUUACCUUCAACUUUGUAGAGCCUUGAAUGUAACACUUCGUUUUAGUCUUGAAAAUUCGAGUAUAACGGCAGAGCACUGGAUUUGUAGUUAAAGUUCGCUUUUGUAGAUCAGUGUUUUCUCCUGAUGACAAAAGAAAGAUGGGUUUGAUGUAAGUUUUGUUUUGGAUUGUAUUUUGUGUGCAAAAUAUAGUGUUCAAUGAGAUUUGGACUUCCAAAGUUCACCCAUGUUAUGUCUUAUUUGUGUUCUUUUCUCGUUGGAGUAUGACAUGUUUACUAUAUAACAUUUUGGGAGCUAUGGUGUAUAAAAAGAAGCAAUACCUUUUUGCCCAUUCUUCCAUUAAUC